AAAUCUAAAAGGAAAGUCGACAAACAAGGACUUGCACCUGAUAAGGCGAAUUGAAGAUAAUACAGGUGCCCAAUGGAAACCCCCCACGUCAAAUUCGUGGAAGUUAAAUACGAAUGCAGCAUGGCGAGCUGAUACAAACACCGGCGGGAUUGGCUGGAUUUUAAGAGACGAAAAGGGAGAAGUCAUCAAAGCAAGCUGUAGAAUUAUAAGAGCGGAAAGAAAUAUUACUUACCUAGAGGUGAUGGCUAUUUGCGAGGGAUUGCGUGCGAUUCGACAAGAACACUGUCGACCAAUUCACUUGGAAUCUGAUUCCCUCGAAGCCAUUCAUCUACUUCACAGACAGUGUCAAGAUCAAACUGAAAUUAUUUGGCUUUUAGAAGAAAUUUGGCAGAUGAUGAAAGAUAUGGAAAUAGUUUCAAUGAGACAUAUCAGUCGAGAGGCAAAUAAGGUGGCCCAUGGCUUAGCUAGACGAGCCAUGGAAAACGAUUUGAGGGAAGAGUAGAGUUGUCAAACUCCCUCGUGGCUGGACAAUUUAGUUUUUUCGGAAUUUGUUUUAUGUUAAGUUGUUUUCUUCUAAAAAAAGAAUACUAAGCUCUUCUCUCUCUUGUAUCUUGUGCAGCUAGUUUUAGAAAUGCAUUAAAUUGGCGUGAAAGAAGUUCUCUAACAGUGGAGUUGAACUGCCCAAAAAUAGCGCUAGAGUUUUAGAGAGAUGGAGAUUCAUGUAAAGCUCAAAGGCAAAUCACAUACUGUAAGGCUGAAGAUUCACCUCUCCAUGAGAAAUUAUAAAGUUUCAAGCCUCGGACGAAGUAGAGGAAAGGGUCGAAUCAUGGCAAUGAGCUUCAUGGCUUUCAUCAUUUCAGAACUACCAAGGUUAAACUUCAUCACAUGAUUUGCAUUUUGUGGGUCAAAAUCCAUCCAUAGACUUUGAGCAUGGCUUACAACUUUAUCUUGGGCUAGUUUAGAGGUAGAAGAAUAAGGGACCCAACCCAAACAGUGGGGUAGUUGAAAUCAGACAGUGAUAAGGGAAAAGAAUUCCUAAUUGCAUCAUAAUAGCAAUAUCUCCUACUAAUGAAGACAACAACUUUUGACAAGUAUUCUCCAUUUGUAGUUUCAUUUCAUUUUUUUCCCUUCUAUUUCUUUUUCUGGUUGGUACAGUAAAUUUUAUAGCUGUACGAGCCUGAGAUUGUUGCGUCUGUUUUUUCUAAUUUGAAUAUGGGCCCAUGCUUUUGGGGUGUUGACAUUGAGCCUUGAUAGAUAAUUAAAGGAACUAAUACCAUGAUGUAAGUUGUCAUCCUACUUUGGAUUUUAUUAAGCCUUGUUAGGAUCAGUUCUAGCAGCAAUAUAUUAACUUUUUAAAUCA